CAGGCUGCUGCCAUGAACCCGGUGAAUGCCACCGCUCUGUACGUGUCAGCGUGUCGCUCGGUGCUGCAGUGCGACCCCCAGGACCCUCAGUCCUUAGCCGAGCUCUGCAAGCUCCUGCCCUUUUUCAGGCAGUCCCUGUCCUGCCUCGUGUGUGGGAAUUUGCUACAAGACCCAAUUGCUCCAACUAACUCAACUUGCCAGCACUACGUGUGCAAGGGCUGCAAGGGUCAGAAGAUGAUGAUGAAACCAUCAUGCAGCUGGUGUAAGGACUACGAGCAGUUUGAAGAAAACAAGCAACUUGGCGUCCUGGUGGACUGCUACAGAAAGCUGUGCGAGUACAUUGCCGAAUCGCCGCUAGUACAGCACAUUACCAAUGCGGUUGAGGGAGCACCAGAGGCUCUGGCCGUAUUAAAGGAGGUACUGCCUUUGGAUGGAGAAGCAACAGAUGAGUCCAAGGCCCCUCUUAGUGUCCACCUUUCACAUUCCCCGUCGUCCACUAAUACUGAUCACCAGGGCAGCCAUCUUCAGGCUGAGGUUUCCGGUGAGCCACAGGAGUCUGUUCCAGAUGCGGCAAUUAGCCCACCCAGUGUCAAUGGGCUGCAUGACUGCAAUGGGCUCAGUGCUCCCUCCCCAAACACUGUUCCUGCAGCUGUGGGUGCUUGUACAACGCCUUCCACCAGCGUGGACCUAAAACCAGAGAGCUUCCCAGAUGGGAUGGCCAUAUGUGGGUCUGUGGCCUCAGGCGAUCUGUGCACUGACGGUAUUGACAUAUGCAGUUUUGGAGAGGACAUUAAACACAGCAGUGGCCCCUUGCUGCUGAGCGUGGAAGAGGUGCUUCGGACACUAGAGCCAGACACAGUCACUGGGGAGUGCACAGAUGCCCUGUCGUCAAACCUAGAGGCAUCUAGUGACCUCAACCCAUCAUUCACAGACUCGCGGCAGCCAUCACUUCCUCUGGACCCUGGGGUUUACACUCCUUGCCAUCCACCACCCUCUACAGGAAUAUCCUGCUCUGCAGCAACACCCAAAGUUGCCCGGCUCAACCGGAAACGGUCACGUUCAGAGAGCGACAGCGAGAAGAUCCAGCCCCUACCAAUUGCCAGCAUCCUACAGGGACCCCCAGUGGCAGCCGCAGCUCCAGUCUCGGUGAAACGCGAGUCCAAGGUAUUGAUGCAGCCUGUAGCUACUGUUCCUAAUGGAGGGGCACCUAAGGUCAGCAAAACUUUGCUAGUGUCUAACAAGGGCAUCAAGAAGAACCCUGACCAUGGGCCUAAAAAGGCCUACACCAAGGCCAAGCAGGGAGUCCCCAAGUCCAAGGACAAAGCGAAAGAUCGUCUCACCAGUUCCAGCAUGAUUCCAGGGAGCCCCACCAAAGUGGUAUACAAGAAGCCCCAGGAGAAGAAGGGCUGCAAGUGUGGCCGGGCCACUCAAAACCCAAGUGUUCUUACAUGCCGCGGCCAGCGGUGCCCCUGUUACUCCAACCGCAAAGCCUGCCUGGACUGCAUCUGCCGCGGCUGCCAGAACUCCUACAUGGCCAAUGGCGAGAAGAAGCUGGAGGCUUUUGCUGUUCCCGAAAAGGCAUUGGAGCAGACACGGCUGACGCUGGGCAUCAAUGUCACCAGCAUUGCUGUACGAAGUGCCGGUCCUAGUGGCGGCAUGCUCAAUGUGGCAGCGGGCUCACCCGUGGCAUCCUUCCUGGCAGCCAGCCCGCAUGAUGAAAAAGGCUAUGACGAUGCUCUGGACAUGAGGUUUGACUGUUGAGCGCCGCCUGCUGGAUCACCUUCCUACGCUGUUUAUUUUUCAAUGCUGCAGGGGGGUCUAGCAGUGUAGGAGGCACUACAAUAAGGCAGCUAUGGUUCUGUUCCAGUUCACAUCUGUAGUCACAAUUGCCAAAGUUCCUGCCUAUGAGUCCCUUGGGCCACUACAGGUUUGAAAGUGGUGAGCAUUUGUACUGUGAGUUCAGUUUUAGCCGCAAGUGAUUUAUAUUUCAUGACCUUUGGCAAGAGAAACUUGACCUCAUUGUUGUGGGUCCUGCUCUGUGCAUAAUCAAAUUAAAGGUUCAGGUUAAUGUGAGGACAUGGUUCCUGCAAAGUCAGUGAAAACUGUUGUUUAUUUAUAAUCCUUUUUUAUGCAGACUUGCUUAUUUCCAUUUAAUGAUACAAUUUAAGCUAUAUUUUUUAAAGCAUUUGCAGUAUUUAUUGGACAUCAUCUGAUGGGGUGCUGUCUGCAUCAGACGUCACAAGCUCCCAUCCCUAUGGAGCUGGGAUGGUCAAGCAUAGUUUCUGUCUGACUUGAAUUACUGUCCUGGGUCUUUUUUCUUCUCCUUCCCUUCUCAGUUCUUCUGUUUCGGCAACCAUGUAUUCUCCCUUGGGGCAUUUGACAUGUAAUAUAUUUCCACACAAAGGAGCAACAAAAUUUUAAUUCCAUGUCUGCCUUCCCUUCAUCUUCAAAUUGAUUUUGUUUCUGCAUUACAGACCUUACAAGUGCAUCAGUUAUUACCCCUGUGUUUUUUUUUCCUUUGCUGUCUAACUUCUUUUAUAAGAAGCAAGGUCUUAAAUACUGUUCUGUGGGCACACGUGUAUCCUAGUCUUCACCACUGUUAUAGAUAGGUGUGCACCAGCCUUAUCUGCACUUCAUUUUGGCAGGGACCCAAGCACACAUCACAUCAAGCACUUAGCGUGAUUAACAGGCCAAAUAACUGAACCUCCUUUGUAACCAUAGCAAUACCACUGUAGAACACUACUUAGACCCUUGCCAAAUUUCCAAGGCUUGUAUGUUUACAUAAUAUUCACAGGGUGGCUCAUGUUUUCAGUACCGCUUGUAUGUAUUCACCAACAUGCAGUGAACAUUGAAUGCUACACCUUAUUUUCUACCUGUACAUGUUGUUUUGGGGCAGAUAUCAAUGGUGGCUCAAAAAAAUGAGAAUCUUUAACUAGGAAUUUUGUGAGGGGUGGGUGGAGUUGCUAACUUAUUCUUAGGUCCACAAGCAACUCAAAUGGAUUUCUCAUGAUUCAAACAGUAACAAAAUGUUAGGAGUUAUCUUGAAGGGUUUAAUAAGAAGGAAGUGUUAGACAUUGGUGAUGUCUUUGCUCUUUACUUGUUUUUGCCAACAAACUACCUGGGUCUUCUCUUCAGCCCUUUCAGACAGGAAUUCAGGAUUCAUUCAUCAGAUUUAUUUUUAUGUCCACUUUUGACCUGCUGGGCAAAACCUGAUUGAUUCGGCACACAGCAUGUACCACGACAAUCCUUCCCCAGUGUACAGAAUUGAAAUGAAUGUGCAGGUAUUCUCUUUCAGUUCAGAUGGCACCCUUUUUUAUUUAUUUUUUUUUUAGUGUUCACCUUGUGUCAUAUCCUGUGAAUGUUCAGGUAGUGUUUUUUGAAGCCAUAGGAAGAAAAAAUGUGAUUUGUGUCCUGUCUGUACUUUUUCUGUUUUUGAUUUGCAAGAAGUUGGGAAAACCUAUUUUUGAUAAUGAGUAAAUAUUGAAAAUGCCAUGUAGUUUGCUUGUUUUUUUUGUUUAGUUACCUUAAGCACCUUUUUGCCCCACUGAUACCUCAGUGGCUUUUGGUAUACUGUUUUUUUUUUUUUUCCCCCUCAUUUUAAAGUUUAUAUGGUAAUUCCUGUUUAUUGACCAAAAAAGAUGCUCCCAUUCAGUGACCGAAAGAGGUCCUUCCACUCACUGCCACACUGUGCUGUUAAAACUGGUGUGAAUUCAAUGCUCACCUCAGCUCUCCCCCUUCCCCCAGUUUUACUAAAAUGGUUGAUAACACUAUUAGAGCUCUAUCAGACCAAAUAUUUGAUCAAUUCUGCACCAUUAGAGCAGGCAAAAGUAGUUGUCAUUAGAAAAAGAUUUUUUUUUUUUUGGUUGGGAAAUAUUGGUUAUUAUUAGAACCCUGAUUACAGUUUUGAUGUUGAACGUUCAAUUUGCUGGAAUACAAAUGAGUUCCUGUAUUUGCUGGUAUAUUCACUGCCACAUUUUAAAAUAUGUAAUGCAAUGAUCAAUAAAUGAUAGUUUUCUACUGUUAUGUUGUAGAUAUAUCAAGCCACAGUUCAGUGUGGACCAGAAAGACUGUCAUUGAUUUAGAACUCUGGUUCUUCUUGCAAUCAUAUGGCAGAAGAAAAGCAAGAAGUCCUACAUACUGGUUCACUCUUCCAAGAGGUAGUCCUUAGUAUGUCCAUGAGUUAUUUUCUUGUGCACCAAAAGGAUGAGCAGCAGUGUACUUAGUCAUAUUGACCAAGUGUUGCUGACAAAGGAAGCAAACAUCCAAGGCCCACCCAAGGUGAGACAGGAAACAGGAUGCCAGGAUCUCUGACAACACUCUCUAGAGUAACACUGUGUACAGAGCUGUGAUGUACAUGUUUAUAGUUAUGUUGUUACCAACCAUCAACAUCCAGGCCAUGUAGUUCAUGCUACAUCUAAGCUCAGGGGACAACCACCAUCUCUCUCACUUAAAGUUGUUUCUGGCUUCCCAAACAAGAUUGCAAAAGACUGGUGAAAUGGUUAACUUGUCAGAAAGUGAAUGACUACACCACUGUACCUGCGAUGUGAUCCAGGUAACAGCAAGGCCCAUUAUCAACGCAGAGCACGUUCAGCUAAAUCACAGUCCUGGCCAUAUUGAAGGCUAGCAUGAAAAACUAGUGUUUUGCAGUAUGAAAUGUGUCCUUCAGCAAGGGAUAGGGAAGUCCACAAGUAAAGAAAAAAUGUGAUGGUGAAAGAAAGCAAGUAAUGUUUUACCUGCUGUCUCACUAAGCAACUUUCCCCCCCCCAGUUCUGGGUUAUAUUUCAGCUCUGUGUUUCAACCAGGCACCAGAAUCUGCACACAGACACACGACACGUUACUUCUGCUACCUGCAGUUUUUGCUAAUACUCUGAGUCUUAUGUUAUACUGCAGCCAGCAGGGCACAUAUA